UGUUAAUUCCACUAGAGAGCUGGGAUCCAGCUGUAAUCAUUCACUGGGACACAGCAUUUCCAUCUUUCCUUGAUGAGAAAAAUGAGCUGGGCGUUCCUACGUGAUCUGCUGAGUGGAGUGAAUAAACACUCAACAGGAAUUGGAAGAAUUUGGGUAGCUGUUGUGUUCCUGUUCCGCUUACUGGUUUACGUUGCUGCCGCAGAAAACAUCUGGAAACACGAACAUGAUGAAUUUGAGUGCAAUAUCAAGCAGCCUGGUUGUGAAAAUGUCUGCUUUGACCAUUUUUUCCCUGUCUCUCACAUCAGAUUUUGGGCUUUGCAAUUAAUCAUGGUCUCCACCCCUUCACUCUUGGUUGUCUUUCAUGUUGCUUACAGAGAGAACAGAGAGAAACACCACAACCAGAAACUUUACAAAAAUCCAGGAAAGAUAGAUGGUGGAUUGCUGUGCACUUACCUAAUCAGCCUCAUUUUAAAAACAGGACUUGAAAUAUUUUUUCUUGUUCUGUUCUAUAAAUUGUACAAUGGAUUCAAAAUACCACGUCUUGUGAAAUGUGACAUAAAACCAUGUCCCAGUACUGUAGAUUGUUAUAUUUCCAAACCCACAGAGAAGAUGAUUUUCCUCUAUUUUCUGGUGGCAACUUCAUGCCUGUGCAUUGUAUUAAAUCUAAGUGAACUGAGUUAUCUGAUGUUCAAAUACUCCAUAAAAUGUUAUCUGAAGAGACACGUGAAGAACCAGCAAGGCUCAAAAAGCAAUUGCUGUGAAUCAGAGCUCAUCAGGCACAAGAGAGCAGCAGCUGCAGGACGACUCCACAACAGCUCAUCAUCUUUGCCUCUGAAUAUGCAAGAUGAACAUGAAAAACAUUCCCUGCUGACUUGAAAGAAGGCUGGAGACCA